AUGGAAAACGAUUCUAUUAAAAAUAUGACAAGUUUUCAACUUCAUAAAGUUCUGGAAAAUGAUGUUCACCAGAAAAAAAUAGCAAUUAAAGGUCGAUUAAAUGGUCGCAACGCCAUAAUUGUUCUGUCAAGAAAAAGUUUCUCCGACGAUAUUUCGGAAUUGAAAGAAAUAAUUUUUAAUAAAGAAACGAUUAUUACAAAUAAAGGUUACAAUGAAAAUGAAAGACAUUAUGAAUUAACUCUGACUAACGAAACUAACGGUGUACAUGCAACUGUAAAGCGUCCUGUUACAACAAGAGACUUUGCUCAGUAUCAAAUAGCUGAAUGUUGGUUCAUUGAAGAAACUCCAGAACUUUAUGAGAACAUCACUUUACCUUAUAUGAAGAAUUUAGUAUCAAAAUAUAACCAUGAUUGGGUCUACCGUAUAUUAAAUGGUGAAAGUGAACAAGAACAGACCCUCCAUAUUGAUAAAGAUGAAUCAACAGGAUAUGUAUUAGUAAAAGAUUCAAAAUGGCGAACUGAAGAAAUUUCAGAGAUGCAUAUUCUUGCCUUUACCAAACAGAAACUGAUGACAAUUCGAGAGUUGAAUGAAACUCAUCUUCCCUUACUGAAAAAAAUUAAAAAAGAAGGCACUGAAAUUAUUACUAAAAAGUAUCCAGAUGUAUUAGCUGAAAAAUUAAGAAUAUGUUUUGUUUAUUUACCCUCUACUUUUCAUCUUCAUGUUCAUUUCAUUACCGAUACUGCUGAGGCCGCAGGUAUAUUUAUUUAA